CUAUCUUGUAUUUCUAGUAUCUUUGGGAGAACUCUAUCUUGUAUUUCUAGUAUCUUUGGUAUCGUCUGUCUCCGGCCGCUAGUUGACUGGUUGCGUUAUUUACGAACAUUUGUUGGUUUUGCAAUUGUUACUCAGUUUUGAUGUAAGACUUAUUGGCCUGUAGUUCGAUGGGUUAGUUCUGGAACCGUCGUUAUGAAUAGGUGUGAUGGUAGCUUCUUUCCGUGCAUUUGUUACUGUAUAUUCUGAAAACCUUGCUAAGAUGGAUGGAUAUUUGUAUAUAGUCAUAGUUUUCGUUCUACUAUUCAAAUUCAGUAUAUACUUCUGCUGGUACAAAGCACGUAGGCAGCGCUAUGUAACGGCCCAACGAACCUACAUCAUUGAUACAAGUGCAGUCAGCAAUCCAGGCUUUGGACAGGCCAACGUUAUGCCACCAGCAGUUCAUGGCCAACAGGGAAUGGUAGAACAGCCAGUGGCACCAUAUUUCCAGCCCUCCAUGGCUAACCAAGGUAAGCCACCAACUUACAAUGAAACUGGACAACAACCGAAGGGGAUGCAUACCACUGAACCACCUCCACCCAGUUAUUUUAAUGCAACCACAUUUCCGUAUUCAACUAAUGUCAGUGGAGUGCCAAGUAUCCCAGCCGCUACCGGUGGACCAACAAAUCCAGGUUUAACACCAUACCCGUACACAACCAUGGCCAGUGGACCGACAACACCAUACUCGUACCCUGCUACUACCGGUGGACCAACAAGUCCUGGUACAACACCAUAUCGAUACCCAGCCACUGCUGGUGGACAAACAUCUCUUGGUACUACACCGUACCCAGCUGGAACUAAUUCAGGACCACAGCAAAUGUAAAAAUUACUAAAGAUCAAAAUUUUAUUUGUAAUCUAGUCUAAAGUCGUAAUGAUGAAUAUUAACUAAUGAUUAUAAUAUUAAUAACUGAAGGUCAUUAUGUUUUCUUAUAUAAUCCACAAAUAUUUAUAUUACUCAGAUGAAUUCUUGUUCUUAGUUUAGUUGGUAGAUCAAAUAAUAUAUUUUUGUACAGAAACUGGUUUUUCUUUAUACCCUCUAGUGUUUUCUAUUAAGUUUUAUCAAUAUAAUAUGACAUGAAAACUAUACUUUUAAAAAUUUUAUUAUUUUAUAUCCACAAUAUUAAAUAUUCUGUCGUAUGGCAAUCAUUUAGGACCAAAAUGUUCUGUCUAUCCCUCCUUCAAUACUGUGAAUUUUAAAAUUAUGCAAGAUAAAACAAACAAAAAAUGGUUAUGUUGCAGUAACAAUGGCAUUUGGAAAUCAGGGAUGGUCAACUGGUCAGGAUUUUUUCUAUUUUUUUUUUUUUACUUUAUAGGCCUGAUCCUAAUUCUUGACCCACUCAAUACCACGUUUUUUGCUCAGUCAAAUAGUAACCCACAUGGCUAAAAUCCAUGAUUACGAUGUCAAAUUUGUUACAGCUUAAAAAGUGGCCCUUUCAAACAUGUUACAAGUACUGUGUUUUUCAUCACUGAUCUCUACUAUAAUAGCUGGACUGCUCAUCGGCCAAUCAUUGUACAGGAAAAAGUGAAGCCACCGACGUACCAGUUUUAAUAGACAAGUUUCUUCUGGCAUUUGUUUAAAUUAUUGUUAAAAAUAACGAUUCUUGCAAUACUUUUCAAUAAUAAAUGUAAAUUAAAAUAACGAUUCUUGCAAUACUUUUCAAAGAUAAAUAUAAAUUUAACGUAAGGAUUUUUUUCAAAUCGUCGAACUAAUCAACGCGUCUCUUUAUGCAGUUUGCAAUAACGCGAGCGAAGUCGCAUUGUUAUAGUGACGCCGAUCACUAACAACGCAAUUAACUUCACAUGUGCUUUUUUAAACUGCAUACUGUACGCAGUUGCGUCGAGUGGUUAGGUGAUUUUUAAAAUAAUCAUUACAUUAAAUAUAAAUUUAUUAUUAAAACGUAUUGCAAGAAUCGUUAUUCUUAACAAUAAUUUAAACAAAGGCCAAAAGAAACUUGUCUAAAGUGGUACGGCACUUAGGCCUCCCAACAUGGCGCCAGUGGCUUCACUGAAACCAGAGCCAAUGAGCAAUCCAGCUAUCCAGAGAUCGGUGGUUUUUCUCCCUUAAUAAAAAAAAUAUGUCUGGCUUGGCAACAUAAACAUUUUUUUUUAUAUAAUAGAAGAAAAUAUUGCAUCAGUGGCAUAUCUAGGCGAGGGUGUGGGGGACUGCCUCCCCCUC